AUGUUCGGUGGAGUGUUGGAGAAAAUUCGGCUGUUCGAGGCCGACAUUGAGCACCACAUUGACAACAUUGUGCAGCAGAAACUCCUUGCGGAUGUCAGCAACAGACGUCACCAAAUUCUUCGCGAUCACUUUAUUUUGCAGGAGGCGGAGGCGAUUGCCCCUAUUGCCGACAAGCUGCUGGACUUGUACCUCGACCAGGACGAAAUCGUCGCCGUGCAGGAGGCCCCGUCUGAGGGCGACGAUGUGUUGAGUGCUGCUCUAAAGGAAUUUGAGGCGCAGAUUGCUGAUAUUCGUGAGUACCACCGUACGUUUCGUGAUCUGCCUCCCGUGAAGACGGAGAUAGACCACCCUGAUGCUGCGGCAAUGGAACAACUCUUCUCCGUGGGAGAGCGUUACGGCAGUUGUCUUGACUUGGAGCCCCACUACCACCGUUACAGCAACUUCAUGUUGACAACGAGCAAAAGGGCGCAGGAGGAGGGGGAUGCCGUUGGAAGCGCGUGGGAAGGACGCGUGGGUUAUUUUGCUUUUGUUCCUGCAAUACCGAGCAUCAUUCUCCAUGACAUUGAUGCCCACCGGAAAUUGUAUGGAUUUUUACAGUACAAGGAGUUUGUUGAUGAGCUGCUAGCAUACCUGAUUGGCUUUCAUGAUCGUGCGAAGGUGAUGGAAAAGGAUGUUUUGCUCUCCUCUCUUGCCAGGUGUGACACAGAUGCGGAGGAAUAUUGGUCAAAGCUCAUGGAACAUAAGAAGGCCGUGGUGAAGAGCGGUAGCGGGAACAGUGAUGUGAGUUCCGCUGAUAAGACUGCUUCUUCGUUAAUUGUACCGCCACCGCUACGUAAAUACACAAAGGCGUUCGCACUCUGGCCCAUUACACACCUGGAGUCUAUGAUGGUGGAGGGGAUGAAGGCGGUAUCUCCCUCUUUGGCUGAAGUCAAGACUGUGAUUCACGCGGAAGGAAAAAUUGUCAUGUUACUGCAGACACUGCUCUUUGAUACACUGAAGGAGACAGAAAAGGUGCUUCUACGGGACUACAGCAAGACGGCGGAGGAGAUGGAGUGGGAACGAAAGCAUUUGCAGGAGGAGUUUUUACAAUCUGUGGAGGAAGCAAGAAAGAAGAGUGCCACAACAGUGGAGGGUAGCGUUGCGCAGGCCGCACAGUACGACGUCAUGGCGACUUUAAAUCCAAAAGAUGUAGAGAGUAGCCCGAAAGAAAAUACUGCUGUUGCAGAUGACACCAGCGGACAGUUACUGGACCGGGAUGGGAAACCUGUUGCCCGCUGGCUUAUACACCUGCAGCAGCUGCACAAAAAGUUUUACUGCGAGGUGUGCGGUGGGACGGUGUACGUUGGCCCGAAGGCCUUUAAGGAUCAUUUUGGGGCAGAACGACAUGCUGAAGGACUUCGCCGGCUGGGGGUGACGGUUCAUUUGAGGGAGUACGCGGGAAUUUCAUCCAUCCGGAAGGUUAUUGAGAUGCGGGACAAGGUGAUAAGCAACACCGCAAGCAUCCGCAAACGUCUCCACGAGGACCAGGAGGGAGAGGAGAUGCAGGAUGCGCAGGGAAAUGUCAUAACGGCAGGGGCGUAUAAGCGGUUCCAGAUAUCUCGGAAAGGCAUCUAA